AUGGGUGGACCUCCAGUAGUUAUUGCCAAUAUUCCGCUGGGAAAAGGUACGCUCUACAGUUUCCAGGACAAGAAAAUCACUUCACAUUUUGGAGAUAUAGUAAUAGCCAACGGGAUCGCUUUCAACGUUCAACUGAAGAAAAUUUACUACAUCGAUUCAAGAACUGGAACGGUUGAUGAAUACGAUUUUGAUAUCGAGAAAGGAGUAUUAUCCAACGGUAAACCAAUCUUCACCGUGAGUAAAAAUGGGCUUGAAGGUAUGGUUUUUGAUGGAAUGACUAUCGAUACUGAUGGAAAUUUGUAUAUAGCAGUAUGGGGCUCCAGAGAUAUCAAAAUUGAUCCUAGGAGACCGGAAACUUUGCUGGACACAAUAGUUUUACCAGCUAAAAUUAUUUCAGCAUGUUUUGGAGGUGCCAAUUUGGACGAGUUAUUCGUAACUAGUGGCCAAGUGGGUAUUACACCUGGACCUGAUGACGGAGCUACGUUUUGUGUAACAGGACUGGAUGCUAAGGGGUUUGCUGGUGAUGCUGUGGUGUUGUAA